AUGGCGUCGGCAAUGGAUGUUGAUGAAGAAGAAGUAGAAAUGGCUUCAUCCAGUAGCGGUAAAGGUGAUAAAAAACGAUUUGAAGUUAAAAAGUGGAAUGCUGUGGCGCUAUGGGCAUGGGAUAUUGUCGUUGACAACUGUGCAAUUUGCCGAAAUCAUAUCAUGGAUUUAUGCAUAGAAUGCCAAGCUAACCAGGCAUCUGCUACAAGUGAAGAAUGUACAGUAGCUUGGGGUGUUUGUAAUCAUGCUUUUCAUUUCCAUUGCAUCUCUCGCUGGCUCAAAACUCGACAAGUGUGUCCUCUUGAUAAUAGAGAAUGGGAGUUCCAAAAAUAUGGACAC